AAGGAGGGUUGGAAUACUGCUACUAUACUUGCUGUUUAGGGAGUAGAAUGUGGAGAAGUGUAGUCAUGUCUGGAGAGGUUGUUGGUGCUCUAAAGUCUGUAUUGGAAAAGGUGCAGCAGGCUGCAGCAAGGAGACCAUCGGUAAGCGAUGUUGGUCUGGGCAAGAGACGCUGCCUGCCAUACAGCCACGAUUAGUGGCAGUUGCAAAAACAAAACCAAUAGAGAUGGUGAUUGAAGCGUACCAACAUGGGCAGCGCCAUUUUGGAGAAAAUUAUGUCUACGAACUAGUAGAUAAAGCUGCUGAUCCUAAGCUGCUUUCAGCAUGUCCAGAAAUUAAGUGGCACUUUAUAGGACAUUUACAAAAAAAUAAUGUUAAUAAGCUCUUAGCUGCUCCUAAUUUAUUCAUGGUAGAAACAAUACAUUCUAUUAAAUUAGCAGAUCGAGUAAACAACUGUUGGCAAAAGAAAGGAACCUCACAGAAGCUAAAUGUUAUGGUUCAAGUUAAUACCAGUGCAGAAGUUAGUAAACACGGAAUACCCCCUGAAGAAACCUCUGCAACAGUGCAACACAUAUUAACCAAAUGUCCACAUUUGCAUUUUGUUGGUCUGAUGACAAUAGGAAGAUAUGGAUAUGAUGUCAGUGAGGGACCCAACCCUGACUUUCUGCUGCUGUCAUCUGUUCGGAAGGAUGUAUGUGAGGCGCUAAACAUGCCUUUGGAGAAGGUGGAACUAAGUAUGGGAAUGUCAACUGACUACGAACACGCAAUUGAACUUGGAUCUACCAAUGUCAGGGUUGGAAGUGUUAUUUUUGGAGAGCGAGAGUAUCCAGAUAAACAUACAACUGACAAGAAUGCAGCAAAUGGAGAAGAAACACAAACCAAGAUGGAGAAACUGACAGUAAAAGAGCAAUAACAAAGGAUCCAGCUGGGGAAAGGAAUGUAACCUCCCCUCAACACAGCCAAAAGCACAUAAAAAAGCUAUGCAUUUCACUAAUUUAAUUUCCUUGUCAGUGUACAUAUCAAAGUAAUUUUAGUGGCACAGAAUCAUGGGAGCAGUUUUUUUUUAUGAAAAGCUGUACAAGUACGCACUGAGAAUUUUAUGUGUAAUGUGGUUGCACAGAUGUUUGAAUAGAGCUCAGGGAAACCGAAGGUCAGAGCUCACUGCUAAUGUUGCUUUUAUCUUAUCCACCUAAUUUAGCAUCAUUUUACUCCAUCUUUUUAAUUGUGCGUUAUUUUAGAUCAUAUUGAUAGCAGUUGACUAUUGGAUCUGGGAGUAACUCUUCUGGAACUGCAAUCUUCUAGAAAAAAAAAAAAAUAUUAUCAAACUAAGUGAGCCAUUGGUCAAAGCCCAUGUUUUGCAUCUCAAGAAAUCUGCAGUGACUAACAGUAUGGUGACUACAAAAGUGGCAGAACUCUGCUUUAAAAAAAGAGUAUUUUAUAAAGGAAGGGAGAACUCCCACUACCCCCAUAUAGGGUAUAUGCCAUCACUGUCCCCUAGUUGUUUGUCUUUUCAGCUUUUCUUGGUUAGAGGUCACCACAGCAGAAUUCCAGUCCGCUAAUGAUUGCCAGUAGAUUUUUAUGGUGCCGAGUUGCCAGCCAAAACUUCAGCGAAGGCACGCCCAUUAACGCAUUAUACUUAAAUAUGACAACAGUGCCACAGAAGUAAGUGCAUGGUGACACCCUGUGAGUCCUACUGUUGAUAAGUUUACCAAAUAAGUCUGUUUUGGUACACAUUUCAUAAAGGAUUUGUAUUUGGGGAGUUAGGCUUCAAAAACUGUUCUAUUACCACUUGGGCACUGAUCGGUUUACAUCCUGUUGAAGUUGCUACAUGUAAUUAUCAAGGGGGUAUAGUAGACUUGCUUAACCCCCCACUGAUGUUCUUUUCCACUAUGGCAUUUAUCAGAAGUGCUAUGUCAUCAGGAUUAUUAUAUUUGAUAGUUUGGGUGGAGGUGGUAGGAGGAUACAAAAUUACUCCUGGGGGAGUCUGGACCAGAAAGUCGUAGUGUUGGUUGCACAGUAAAUGUCCACUUACUCUGCAUUAGCAGACUAUAAAGGGCGUACCGAAGUUGUGCAACAACCAGCAGAAUGUUGAUACACAGUUGGUGGAAGAAAUGGUCGGUCAACCGAUAUCCCAACCAGAGAGGGAUCUGUCUUCAUAUACCAGCAACAUCAGUAUGGUCAGGUGGUUGUCAUUACAAAAAUAAAAUGGUAACCAUUUGAAAUGUCAUCACCAGCCAGUCCUGAAAUGUGGAGACUGAAUGACUGAAAGAUUGGACUUGUAUUUACUAAGACUGAGAUGUCAUUUCUCAGAAUAUUCCUUUUUCUCUGAGGUAUGGUGAUCUUGGAGUUUAUAUGUAUAAGCAAGGAGAUUGGGGGGGGGGGGCUUGCCCCACCUGCAAAAAGAAGUUUUAAGGAGUAGAGCAAUUUUCAACAUUUACUCUUCUGUAUUUUUGUUUUUUGGCUUUUUACUACGUGACAUUUUGAGUGCCAGCAUUUCAAUAGGGAGCCAAAAAAAGUUGCUUGCACUGUCAGAUUGCUGUCAAUACGAGUUUGUUUUUUUUGCUUAAAAUGUGUUUAAACUCAGGAUUUUGUGGCAAAAUGCCCUAAAACAUAUUGUAAAUGUUCUCCUACCUAAUAAUUAGAAUUUUGUGUUGUUUCUGUGUUUUAGAACACAGUGUUCUUAACAGUAUGCAUGAAAUUUAUGAUGUGACACAAGUUGAAAUAUUGUGAAAAUGUGCCUGUGGUGACCGAAUGUAAACAUGUUAGCACUUGUGAUGGCAAAAUCUUCUAUCCAGUGGCAGCUUUUAUUUUUCCUUGUAAGUGAUUACAUGCCCUGGGUAAAGGAGAAAAUUAAUAACGAAGUUCUAUUUAAUGUCAGUAAUUUAAAUGUUUUUGUGUAUUUUGUUAGUACCUGCACUUUGUUUUAUGUAUUUAUACAUUUAUUCCCCCUCAUUUGGCAACUUUAAUUUCCUUAUUAUAUCUCAUCUAGUUCCAACAUUAACAAACUAGGACUGCAUUUGCUUCAUAGAUUUUAGCACAAAUUAUGCACUGGACUGUAACCUGUUGUGCCACUUCUCUUCAGGAAAAGUCACUUUGCGGAUUUAAGUGGACUCUGCUAGUUGGCACCAUUUCACAUGUAGUGGUGGUUAUAUCACUCACUGUUGCUUUAUUUUUCUUGUUCUCUAAGCUGACAACUGUGAAUUUUCAUGUUUGCCUUAACUCAGGUGUAACUUCACUAGUCAGGAAUGUCCCUGAAUCAUGCACUAGGCAAGGUUGCUUGUUGGGAAUAUGCUGAAUUGUGUGAUAACUUUUUUAAGUUAUUGAGUGAAUUUAAUGAAGACUGCUGUUUGACAUGACCAUGAUCAGGCAUGCAAGUCUGGGAACUUUUUAUGUCCAUCUUGCACUUAGUACAGUUUAUUUGUGUUGAACAUGUAUAAUAAGGAGGGUUGGGGCUUGCUUUGCUCCCUCCCCUAGCGAGUUCCCUUAUUCUAGUAUUAAUAUUGUGUGUUUGUGUUAAAUAAACUGCCGAAAAUGUAGAUUAGCAUAAGGAUUUCAAUAACUUCCACAUUAAGUCAUGGGAAGUAUAGUUUUUCACCACUUUCUUAAACAAAUCUUACCAGUCAGUCUCCUGUGUUAGUGGUUCUUUGAUGACAUUGUCACCAACCUUCAACUCCAUUUAUUUAGAAAAGCUGCCUCUGUAUCUCCCUGCCUGUACAGCUGCAGCUCUGUGUUUUUAAGUUUUCAGGGCAAAAUGAUUCCUCAUGGCAGCUUUUA